CACCAAAAUUUCCUUUGCAACGCAGCUCAAACAACAGCCUGAGAGCCACUUCGUCUCUCACAACUUUGGAUGCCAGACACACAAUCGACUUCAGAAAAUUCUCUCACUUCUCUCUCGAGCCAUAAAAUUGACACAAAUCAAUCAAUCAAUCAAUCAAUCAAUUAUGACUUCCUACAGACUCAUCGGUGGAAAACAGGCGAUUGCCAACGACGGCGAAGAUGUCGAACAAAUCAAAGAAAUGAUGAAGGACGGCUGCCUCCAAAUGUCAAGAUGCUGCUCCCUUAUCAUCGGAUUCAUCAUCGGAUGCUUCAUCCAGUGCUCUACUUUGGGUGCCAACUUCAUGAUGACCACUCUCUACGGAAAGGAGGUCUACUUCACUGAAACUUUCAUCGUCAUUUCGCUUGCUUGGUGCUUUGUCACCUCCAUCAUGGGAGUCGCCGUCUUGCUCUUCCUUCGCAGCUUGGUCGUCACGGCCUUUUACGCCACCAACACCUCCAGGCAGGACGAAGCCGUCCUCGAGGCCAAGGAAAACUACAUGGUCCAAGUCAUUGAGAACAUCGAACAGUUCUUUGCCGUUGGAUCCUUGGUGGGUGUCGGAUCGGCCUGGACUGUCACUGACAUCCUCCUUGGCAUGCAGAGCCAUGUAUACCACAGCCUUUUGACUGUGUGCAUUGCCCUCAUCUGGUGCAAAUGCGCCAUGAAGCAUUCCAAGACCAUUGCGAAAGAUGAGAAAGCUUCCAUCGAUAACAAUGAUUUGAGCACUCCAUUGGUCGGAAAAGAAGUCGUCAUUCAAGUUGUGUAAAUGGAAACUGCGGGAUCAUCAAAAACGUUUUGGCAAUCUGAGCUCGUUGCUCAGCAGUCUGCAGGUUACUUCGUCGUCUCUCUUCAUUCAUAUUCUUAAUUCAUAGUAAACCCCCAUUUCCUGUU